CGCCGUGCUGGAGGCUAGGGUACAGGGCUGAGAAACGGGCUCCUGGUCUUGUGUGCUACACAGCUACCCGCUGGCGGGAGCUAAGAAGAGAGUGGGGAGAGCUCGGAAUCUACACCAUGGCUACAGUGACCUAUGAGGAUGUGCAUGUGAACUUCUCUCAGGAAGAGUGGGCUUUGCUGGGUCCUUCCCAGAAGAGUCUCUACAGAGAUGUGAUGCUGGAGACCUGCAGGAACCUCACGGCUAUAGGCUAUAAAUGGGAAGACUACAAUAUUGAAGAACAUUGUAAACGUUCUGGAAGACAUGAAAGGUAUAUCGUCUGUCACUCUGGACACAAGCCAUGUGAGGAUAAGCAAUAUAAAAAGAAGCAAUGUACCCCUUUCUCUCCCAGAACAAUUAGACAAUAUGUAAUAGUCUCCACUAUGAGAAGACAUGAUGACUGUGACACAGAUUUACAAUUAACUGGUUUUCCAACUUCCAUGGCAGUGCAUCACCAAACUCACACUGGAGAGAAACCUCAUGAGUACAAGGAAUGCAGAAAUUCAUCUGUCUAUACUGAUUCACUUUGCACCUGUCAUGUGACUCACAGUAUAGGAAAAUAUAAUGCAUAUAACCAGUGUGGUAAAACCCUGAGCUCUUCCAGUUCUCUUCUGGAAUGUGAAAAAAUUCUGGUGGGAAAAGGAAGUGAUAAAUUUGAGCCAUGUACUAAAGGCUUUAACCAUCUUCAAACACACAAAAGAUCCAAUAGUGAAGAGGAUCCCUAUGAAUGGAAUCAACAUGAUAAAGACUUUAGAUCUAAUUCAUCUUUAAAAUUACACAAAAGAACUCAUUUGGAAAUAGAACUUUAUGAAGAUGAUCAAAGUGGUAAAGCCUUUGCAAGUCAUAGUCUUCAUCAAGUUCCUAGAUCUCAUACUAGAGAGAAAAAUUAUGGAUAUGAUCAAUGUGGUAAUACUUAUGCCUGUCCCAGUUGUCUUCAAAUACAUGAAAGAAUUAAUUUGGAGAAACCCUUUGAAUGUAAUCAGUGUAGUAAAGCUUUCGCAUAUAAAAGUCAUCUGCAUAGGCAUGAAAAGAUUCAUACUGGAGAGAAACCCUAUGGAUGUAAUCAGUGUGGUAAAGCCUUUGCAUGUAACAGCUAUCUUCAAAUGCAUGAAAGAAGUCAUACUGGAGAGAAACCCUAUGAAUGCCAUCAAUGUGGUAAAGCCUUUUCACGUAAUAGUCAUCUUCAAAGGCAUGAAAGAAGUCAUACUGGGGAGAAGCCAUAUGGAUGUAAUAAAUGUGGUAAAGCCUUUGGGUGCAACAGUAAUCUUCAAAGGCAUGAAAGAAGUCAUACUGGAGAAAAGCCCUAUGGACGCAAACAAUGUGGUAAAGCCUUUGCACAGAAGAGUGAUCUUCACAGUCAUGAAAGAAGUCUUCCUGGACAAAAGCCCUGUGGAUAUAAUCAGAGUGGUAAAGCCUUUGCACAGAAUCGUCAUCUUUUCCGUCAUGAAAUAAACUGUACUCGAGAAAAAUCCUACGGAUGUAGUCAAUGUGGUAAAGCCUUUGGGCGUAACAGUAAUCUUCAAAGGCAUGAAAGAAGUCAUACCGGAGAGAAACCUUAUGAAUGUAAUAAAUGUGGUAAAGCCUUUUCACAGAACAGUCAUCUUCACAGGCAUGAGAGAAGUCAUACUGGGGAGAAACCCUAUGAAUGUAAUCAAUGUUUUAAAGCCUUUGCAUGCAAAAGUGACCUUCACAGGCAUGAAAAAAGACAUACUGGAGAGAAGCACUUUGGAUGUAAACAGUGUGGUAAAGUCUUUUUACAGAAUAGUCACCUUCAUAGGCAUGAAAGAAGUCAUACUGGACAAAAAGCUUAUGAAUAUAAUCAAUGUGAUAAAGCCUUUGCAUGUUGUAGCAACUUUCAGAAACCUGACAGAAUUCACACUGGUAAAAGUUCAUGAACCUAAUCAGUAUCGUAAAGCUUUGCAUUCCACAUACAUUUUUCCCAUUGAGCUAUCUUUCUGAGACUUGAGUAAGAUUAGUAGAAGCAGGUCAUCAUUAAAAUAAUGUCUCAUUUACAAAUUGUAAACAUUGUCGUCCAAGGAUUCAGGAACAAUUUGAAUAAUAAAAUUUAUUACAAGUGAAACUGA